AGGAAAUCGGGAAUCGGGACAUCGCCAGUGAGUCGCAGACAUUGUCGUCAACCAUUGGGAUUUAGGGUUUUCCGGUGCUGGGGGAGAAUGAGACCCCUUUCUCAGUCGUCGUUCACCUGCUGACAAUGGGCAAUUGUGGUACCCGAGACGAAGCCGCCGUCUUUACUCCUCCUCAAGUCCAACAGCUUCAGAAGAAGCACUUCCGGUCCGUCUCAGAUCUGAGCGAUCCUUCCACUCCUCGCAACGCUCUUCUUCCUUACACCCAAGUAAUCGCAUUCACUCUCUUCGAGCUCGAGACCAUCACCAAGAGUUUCCGCCCUGACUAUAUUCUCGGCGAAGGCGGCUUCGGCACCGUUUACAAGGGUUACAUUGAUGACAAUCUCCGCGUUGGCCUCAAAUCUCUCCCCGUCGCCGUCAAGGUUCUCAACAAGGAGGGUCUCCAGGGCCACCGCGAAUGGCUUACAGAAGUCAACUUCCUUGGCCAACUUCGCCAUCCCAACCUCGUCAAGCUUAUUGGUUACUGUUGUGAAGACGAUCACCGAUUGCUCGUCUAUGAGUUCAUGUUACGAGGCAGCCUCGAGAAUCACCUCUUUCGAAAAACCACAGCUCCGCUAUCAUGGUCUAGAAGAAUGAUGAUUGCUCUUGGCGCUGCAAAAGGACUUGCUUGUCUCCAUAAUGCUGAAAGGCCGGUGAUCUAUCGCGAUUUCAAGACCUCUAAUAUACUCCUUGACUCGGAUUACACCGCUAAGCUUUCAGAUUUCGGGCUUGCUAAAGCUGGUCCCCAGGGUGAUGAGACGCAUGUAUCGACCCGAGUGAUGGGCACUUAUGGCUAUGCCGCUCCGGAGUAUGUGAUGACUGGACACCUGACUGCCAGAAGUGAUGUGUAUAGCUUUGGGGUUGUCCUUCUGGAAAUGUUGACAGGCAGAAAAUCUGUGGACAAGACAAGACCCAGCAGAGAGCAGAAUCUGGUUGAUUGGGCUCGACCAAAGUUGAAUGAUAAGAGAAAACUGCUGCAAAUAAUUGACCCGAGAUUGGAGAACCAAUACUCUGUCAGAGCAGCGCAGAAAGCAUGCAGCUUGGCGUAUUAUUGUCUGAGCCAGAACCCUAAAGCAAGGCCCCUGAUGAGUGAUGUGGUUGAGACUUUGGAACCUUUGCAAUGUACAGGUGAUGUUGGCCAAGUUUCAUCAUCGCUGUCCCCUGGUGCAACAACUGCGGUUGGUGCUGGGUUUGCAAUGGGAGGGGUGCCUGAUUGCAGAAUGCAUCGGAGGUUUGCUAAGAACGUCGGUCCUGGAGCCAUUUGCAGGUCUCCCAAUCCGAAUUGUUCCCCUGGCGGCCCUGCAGCAUGCAGAGUGCGAUGAGCCAGAUUAUUUAUGUGAAAGUGUACGUAAUCGGGUCUCGUGUGUCUCCUCUCCCAAAGACAUAAAUGUCCGGUCGCUGAAAACGUGCAUGUGGUUGGCUUUUGUUUCUCGAUGCUGUUUAUUGUUACUUAUCAGGGUGGUGGUCUGUCUUGUAUGGUUUUCACUUUGCCUAAUCUGAACUCUGACAGGUUUGUAUGUUACAGUUUUGUGUUCGCUCCAUGGUGAAUUCUUUUGUGUAUGCAGCUUUAA